AUGAAGAGUUUUGCUGCUAAGGUUGAAGAAGGAAGAGAAGGUACAAAUGGAAAGCUAUCGGUUGGUCCAGUUUAUCGCAACCUUCUAGCCAAGCAUCGAUUUCCACCGUCCGAUCCUCAUUUAACUACUGCCUGGGAUAUUUUCAGUGUCGCAGUCAAAAAGUAUCCGCAUCACCGAAUGUUGGGAUGGCGCGAAUUUAUUGGUGGGAAGUUUGGAUCAUAUGUGUGGAAAACAUAUAAACAAGUUUAUGAUGAAGUCAUGCAUAUUGGUUCUGCUCUACGUUCUUCUGGUGCUCAACCUGGCUCAAGAAUUGGAGUUUAUGGAUCAAAUUGUCCUCAGUGGAUUGUGGCAAUGGAGGCUUGUUGUGCUCAUAGCUUGAUUUGUGUGCCUCUCUAUGAUACUCUUGGGUCUGGUGCUGUGAAUUUUAUCAUAAAUCAUGCAGAAAUAGAUUUUGUGUUUGUUCAAGAUAAGAAAGCUAUGCAAGUUUUGAAUCCUGAUUGUAAAUCUGCUUCGCGGUUGAGAGCAAUGGUUUGUUUCACUUCAUUAACAAAUGAAGAGAAAGAUAAAGCAAUCAACAUUGGGAUUAAACCAUAUUCAUGGGAAGAGUUCUUACUUAUGGGAAAAGAAAACAGAUUAACCAUUUUACCACCUCAAGCACAUGAUAUAUGCACAAUAAUGUAUACAAGUGGAACAAGUGGAGACCCUAAAGGUGUCGUUUUGACACAUGAAAACAUUACUUAUCUUGUAAGAGGAAUGGAUAUUUUCAUGGAACAAUUUGAAGAGAAGAUGACUACGGAAGAUGUAUACUUAUCCUUCCUUCCUUUGGCUCAUAUUCUUGAUCGCACAAUCGAGGAGUAUUUUUUUCAUAAGGGUGCCUCUGUUGGCUACUACCAUGGGGAUCUAACUGCAUUAAGGGAUGAUUUAAUUGAAUUGAAACCGACACUGUUCGUUGGGGUCCCUAGAGUCUUUGAAAAGGUUUAUGAAGGCAUCAAGAAAGCAGUUGAAGAGCUCAAUCCAGUGAGAAAAGGAGUUUUUGGCAUGCUCUACAAACAUAAACUUGGUUGGAUGAACAAAGGAUACAAACAUUGUAGUGCAUCACCCUUAGCUGAUGUAUUAGCAUUUAGAAAGGUCAAAGCUCGGUUAGGGGGACGUGUUCGACUAAUAAUAGCUGGAGGUGCGCCCUUGAGUUCAGAGAUUGAAGAAUUCUUACGCGUAACUUCAUGUGCGUUUCUAUGUCAAGGCUAUGGUUUGACCGAAACUUAUGGAUCAACUACUCUUGCGUAUCCUGAUGAAAUGUGCAUGCUUGGUACCGUCGGACCUGUAUCUGUAUACAAUGAACUACAGCUAGAAGAAGUUCCAGAAAUGGGUUACAAUCCUCUUGGAAAUCCUUCAUGUGGUGAGAUAUGUCUUAGAGGAAAAACUGUUUUCACUAGCUACCACAAAAACCCUGAGUUAACAAAGGAAUCCAUAAGAGACGGAUGGUUUCACACAGGGGACAUAGGAGAAAUGCAACCUAAUGGUGUUGUUAAGAUUAUUGAUAGGAAGAAGAAUCUUAUAAAACUUUCUCAAGGAGAGUAUAUUGCACUUGAGCAUUUGGAAAAUGUCUACGGAAUCACUCCAAUAGUAGAAGAUGUUUGGGUUUAUGGAAAUAGCUUCAAGUCAGUACUAGUGGCUGUAGUGGUUCCAAAUGAAGAAAUCACUAAGAAAUGGGCAUGUUCAAAUGUCUAUGUGGCUCCUUUCUCUGAACUAUGUUGUCUUGAUCAAUUCAAGAAAUAUGUGUUAUCUGAGUUGAAGUUGACUGCUGAGAGAAACAAGCUUAAGGGAUUUGAACAAAUCAAAGAUGUCAUAUUAGAUCCAUAUCCAUUUGACAUGGAAAGAGAGUUGGUGACUGCAACAAUGAAAAAGAGAAGAAAUAAUAUACUCAAGUAUUAUCAGGUUGAAAUAGAUGAAGCAUACCAAAGAUUGACAUAA